UGAGAGAUCAGUUGGUAGACUGUUUUAAAAAGUUCACUUUUCUUUGUUUUCACUUGCGUAGGAGAGGGAGAGAGACCCGGAGAGAAGCUGUGUACCUGUUAUAUCCAUCUGCAUUUCCUCUGAGGUCUCCAAUGAUGUCGUGGAAAAUGGAAAGUGUGUUCUUGUCCCAGCUUGUGGGUGUGCUUUUGUGUAUUGUAUGUGCAUCUGUGUGCAUAUGUGUUCAUUGGGUGUAUGCAGUGUGUAUCAAGACCAGCCCUUUCCAGCUAUGUAUUUCUCUUUUCUACUUUUCCUUUAUCCCCAGACAUCCAGACAGGGACCAGCUGCAGCUAGCCCAGUUACACUACACCAUGGACAGCCUCCGGUCCGGACACUGGUCCCUGAUCAUGGUCCACAUGCUUUUGCUGCAAAUUCAGCCCGUUAAGUUGCAGGGAAUUGAUCCUGUGUCCCAGAAACUACGACGACUCAAUGAACAGUUCCAGCAGUUCCAGGCACUGACCCAGGCCCGUUUGAACAUGUUGGCCCAGAACCAGAACAGAAACUCCUCGGUGGGGCUGGAGAACCUAUGUAAACACUGCCAACACAUGUCACAGGAAUUCGAACACCUUAAGCAGAGCACAACGCAGGAGAUAGGGGGUCUCAGAGAGUGGAAUAGGAAGCUUGAUAAGAAAAGCAAGCGAAUGGAGGGUCGUCUGGCUUUGAUGGAGAGGAACCUGAGGGAAGACCGCCGCCAUGUCCAGAAACAGAACCCUGAUCCUGGCCAUGAUUUCUCCAACCUUACCUUGGAGCUCCAGAGCCAAGAGGAAAGGUUGGCUGCCCUGCAGGCCCAGCGUGACGAGCUGCUCAUUGGGCUGAAAGGGUUGCAGGAAUCCCUGAAACACCAGGCACUGCGUGUGACUCGGCUGGAGGGCCGGCUUGGUGAGGUCCUGCAGCACAGUGGAGGAGGAAAAAACAGCCAGUUGUGGAGGGGUGUUGACCCCGACAUAACACCUCAGGAAUACUAUGGACCACGCAGGAGAAGCCAGGCACAUAGAAGAGGGAGGCCUGAAAGGAUUCUGGAUACCUUACCCAGAUCAGGAGGUAUUGGUUAUUCCCAGACUGAUAAUCAUUCACAGUCCACAUCUCAGAACAGAGACCAUCCACAGCCCAGUCAAUACCAGGCAACACCAAACCAGCCUAAACAUUCAAAAACACAGAAGCCAAGACCUAAACCAGAAUCUAAUCCACAGACACAAGUCCAUUAUCCUAAACCCCAGCUCACAGAUUACCUGCCUCAGCCUGACCCUUAUCAUCCCCAGUCACAGAUCCAGGUGCAGGCCCAGAUAAAGCCUUACCCAGUCCAGCAGGAGCAGCUUAGGUCUCGCCAGACUGUGCCUUAUCCUUCUGCCCAGAUCCAACCCCAGGUCCAGCAACGAUCCAAGCCUGGGUUAUAUCGCCAGGUAUCCAACCCCAGCCCCCCCUCUUGGCAGCAGCCGCUGCCCCAUGCUCCAACCCACCCUGAACUCACCAAAGACAGACAGAGCAGGACUGGUCAGGGGGCUCCACAGCCCCAGGCUUCAGAUGAACUCUCUCAACCCCAGUCUGAAUCUUAUCAGCCCAUGGUGAUUGGGUGGGGUGGAACAGAGGAAGAAGAAAGUGACACAAAGGUAGAGUCUUCAGUGAUCCACAACUUCCUCCAGCUUCCUGUGAGGCACAAGAUCCCUGCACAACCAGUUCCCAAAAAGGAUUCAACCAUCUGUAACGUGGACUCCAUGCUGUUCUUCCCCUCGGCCUCAGCAGAGAACUAUGUCACCUUCUUCCGGACUCUCCCGGACCUUCCUGAACUGUCUGUGUGUUUGUGGCUCCGUGUGACGGCCUCACAUGUUGGCACACUGCUUUCCUAUGCCACAAAUGACAAUGACAACCAGUUAGUUCUGUAUGGACGCAACUCCUCUGCACCAUCUGCAUCCUUUUCUGCUUCUUCCUCCUCCUCCCUGGACUUCGUCAUUGGAGACCCAGUAUAUCGUCGUCUCACGGUGUCGUCGCUCUUAGAUACUCGCUGGCACCAUGUCUGCGUCCUCUGGUCCUCCAUCCAGGGUCAUUUCUGGCACUACAGUGACCACCGCCUUACCUCCUCAGGCUCCAACUUCAGGAAAGGCUGGGAGAUACCUGGAGGGGGAUCAGUGGUGCUAGGGCAGGAGCAAGACAAUGUUGGUGGGGGGUUUGACCCUGCUGAGGGUUUUGCUGGGCACGUGGCAGGGUUCAGGGUGUGGAGCCGAGUCCUAAGUCCUUCAGAGGUGGAAGGGGUGGCAGAAGGAAGAGGUGUGCCCAGAGGGGUGGUGCUCGGGAUGGAGGACAUAAAGGAGGUACAUGGGGAGGUGCAGCAGGUGUCAUGUGAAUGUUUAGAGUACUGUGUGUAAUAAAGUCAAAGCAGAGGAUUCAAAUGAAAGGUUUCAUUCCACAACCUAUUUUUUUGCAGGGAAUGUUAAUUAUCUCUUGCUUGCCUGCCUUUUAAAAGACAAAGUAAAUCACUUUUUCUUU